GCAGUUUUAUGACCUCGUGUUUGCUUUCGACAAAUGUGUGACUCUGUGUACUAAGUUAAACAAAAAAUUAAAUAUUUUGCCGACUUGAUUUAUGCUCAAGUACCCUAGAUUAGCCGCUUUUUAGAUAAACAUUGUCACUAUAAAUAGUAAAUUAUAUUACACUAAAGCAGUUUAUGUUAUUUUUAGUAAUGUUUUGGUAGAGAUUUGUAGAUUUGCGAUGCGUUUUUGAUAUGUAUGACGUAUGUAAUUUAUUUAUCGCAAUUGUCUUUAAAACAAACGCAAAGUCAAACAAGAUGGCGGCCAUGAAAGAACUAACAAGAUGGGCGAAAAGCAAAAUCAAAAUGGCAUCUAAAAAAAUGACGUGUUAACUGUAAGGAAUAAAAUCAGAGACACAAUAAACUGUAAAAACUUAAAUUGCACACAUAAAAACGAAAAUCUGAAAUUAACAGCAACAGUUUUAUGCAAGUUUAGACGUGAUUCACGGUUAAGAUUUUAACAACAAUGAGUAGUGGCUUAAUAUCAACAAAAGGAUUACCUUUUGUAAUUCUUUUAUUAACAUGCCGCAUACGAUAAUAAAUUAAUUAAACAAAAAAUGCCGUGUAGACUGUAAACGAGGUAUAUGGGUUUAGGAAAUGUUUAUUCAAAUUGUGACGGAAUUUAUGAAGGAACUUUGAGUGGGAGUUAUUAAAAUGUGUAAUGAAAAUUAUUUCUGACUUAUAAGGUAGGGUUCUUAGUACUUAGAACCCGGUGUGCGGUAUUUUUUUUAUAGCAUACUGUUAAGUGUAAAAAAAAACAAAUGCUAUGAAUAAUGUUCUCGAAAGUGUUCGUAGGGGUACAUGUGUUACUGGCUGUUCACACAUCCUUUAACAAUGCAGAUAAUAUUCAAAGACAGAAUUUUAGUCAGGAACAUACUGUUUCGUCAAGGCAAAACAAUUAUUUUAGUACUACUUCACAAGAAUCUCGUAUAUUAGAUAAUAAUUCCUCUUUUUCUAAUUCUUCGCCAUACUCUAGUCCAUCCACCUUAUAUUCCCAACCAACCACAAUUCAUAAAACAGAAACUGAUGCUAAUAAUUCUUGGACAACAAACACUUCUCCAUCUCCAUCGUCCACUACCACAACACAAAAUACAUUGGCACCGGCAUCAACCACCCCAUCCAGUAAUAAAACUGACAUUUUAAACAAUGACGAUAAUACCAAUGGUAAUGGUAACAUUAAUGGACAAUCCGAUUGUCCAUCAUUGAAAGGUGACGUCGAUGCUUUGACCCAAGAUGCCUUUUUGUCCAUAUUGGUACACACAUGUCGUUAUGACAGUUUGACGAUUCCGUCCAUGAACGAACCCUUAGAAGUUGCUGUACAACUAGACAUUAGUCAUAUAGAAGUGGAGGAAAGUUAUAGAUUCAAGCUCCAUUUAAUGAUAACAUUCAGUUAUAUGGAUAAUAGAUUGGACUAUCACAACUUGUCCCCCAAAAGGGGGCCCAUUGUGGGGGGUGAUAUACUGAGCGGACGGAUUUGGACGCCUCAUAUUUACGUUCCCAACGAGAGGUCCAGUUCUCUGAUGGGUUUUGGUGGCAAGGACGUUUACAUGUCCAUCAACCCAAUGGGGAAGGUUGUCUUUACCGAACGAAUGUCCGUUAGUAUUUAUUGUUGGAUGGAUUUAAAGAAAUUCCCCUUUGACGAACAAAAAUGCAGCAUAUACUUCCAGACUUGGACUUACAAUAUAAGCAAACUUAAACUAAAAUGGGAAAAAGAUGACCCUGUGACAGUUAGUCGCCACUUACACAUGACCGAAUUCACAUUGAUUGGAUAUGAAAUCUAUGAAACUGUAAACCAGUCAAUAAUGGCACAUGGGUCCUAUCAUGCUGGUAACCACAGCAGUUUAAUUUUCGAGUUCCAUAUUGCCAGAGAAAUUGGUUAUUACAUCAUGGAUUACUUCAUACCUUCCAUGCUACUGGUAGUUACUUCAUGGGUGACAUUUUGGUUACAGGCAGACAACGCUCCACCCCGAGUAACACUAGGGACUUCAACCAUGUUGGCAUUCAUUACUUUGGCUUCCGGACAAAGUAAAAAUUUACCUAAAGUGUCUUACAUUAAAGCGAGUGAAAUUUGGUUUCUGGGAUGUACCGUCUUCAUAUUUUUAUCGAUGGCCGAAUUCGCCUUUGUGAACGUAAUUUGGAGAAGAAAGAAGAAAGUGGAAUUAAAAAAAAUGACGGGUAAAUAUAUUCUCAAGUCAGCAUUGACUCCGAAACUGGCUAGAAAAGAACUUCAAAAAGAAUGGAACAAUUCUCUGAACAGUCUCCAUAAAUCCCAUUCCUGUUCAAGUAUUGUGAGUAGUUUGGAUGAUAAGAUAAACAAUGGAAGGAAACAACCUACAUACAACAAUUAUUUAACCGUCCACAGUCUUCCGGGCAUUAAUAUUCACGAAGUGAACAAUCAUAGCGACGAUACUUUGAUAACCAGUAGUGGUAGUGGCGAUAACGUUACAAUCCCUGUACCAAAUAGAAAUAACAAUGGGCAACCACCUUCCGGUACUUUUGCCAGUAUGACUCCCCAAGAAGUGGCGAUUUGGAUUGAUAAGAAGUCGCGAUUUAUAUUUCCGUGUGCUUUUUUAAUAUUUAACAUUUUUUACUGGUCUUUUGUGUACGCUAUUUAAUUUUAAUAAUAAAAA